GACAAGGUGGCAACAGCGACGACAAGGAACGCAGCGACGACGACGCCCGAAGUUCGGUGACGCUCGAGAAGAUAAAAGACGAAUUGCGACUGGCGAACCGGGAAGCGGCGGCUGCAAAGGACCUCCAACGACGGUCGGCAACGAAGCUGGAAGAGACCGAGAAGCAGGUGGACAGUCUGAAGGAACGGCUGGAUGAAAAAGGUCGCUCGACUGCCAACGCGAACAAGGAGAUCGCCUCCCUCAGAGACGAACUUCGUGCCGAAAGGGAAAAGGUGGCAACGGCUUCCAAGGAACGCAGCGACGGCGACGCCCGACGUUCGGCAAUUCUCGAAAAGAUCAAAGAGGAUCUGCGACUGGCGACUCGCGUAUUGGAGACUGCCAAAGACAGGGAACGACGGUCGGCGAAGAAGUUGGAAGAGAGCGAAAGGGAGGUCGAGAGUCUGAAGGAGUGGUUGGACGUAACGGAGAAGAAUCACGAAGCGAACCUUCGCGAGUUUCGUUCUUCCGUCGAGUCCGACAAGGCGAAGGCGAUAUCAGAUCUGGAAACAGCCAAGGCCGAUCACUCCGACAGGACCGACAUUCUCCGAACUGAGAUUGCCGAUCUUAAGGAAAAGCUGGCCGAGGCCACCCGAAAGGAGUCUUCGCUAAUCAAGGAUGUCGAAAAAUUAACCGCCCUGAAGGAUGAGAACGAGAAGGAGAGUAGGAGGAUGGAAAAGCAGCUUUCCGAUAAAGAUCGUACGGCUAUCGACUUGCGGAACGAGAUCGACACCCUGGAAGAGAAAAUGAAACGGAACGGAAGUAAGACGGACGAUCAAAUGACGGCCUACAAAGAAGAGAUUGAAAGAAACGUGAAGAGGAUGAAAGAGUUGGACGCUACGAUCGCGAAGUAG